UUCCGAUCAUCCUCCGUCCCCCACCCCUCUUCUCUUCUCUCCACCUUUCCAUACCUACGCCUCAAAGGCACCUGCCACACGCCCUUCUUUGCUCCCUAGACCUUUACCUUGUCGCCUACAUCACUCGUCACAGAUAUGGCAUCCUCUCUCUCAACGCCUGGCUCCGCCCAGAUCAAGGCUAACCCUCGUACCCGAGGAGCCUCCCACAUCGACUUCAAGUCGGCCACCACUGGAGUUGCUGCAAAGGCAAUGAGGAACGAGCUCAACAAGAUGGUCGCCGAAAUUGAAGACCCCAUCGCAAGGAAGGCAUUUGAUGCCGAGAUGAGCUCUUUCUUCGGUCUCUUCAAUCGAUACCUCUCGGAAAAGGCAAAGGGCGAGAGGCUUGACUGGGACAAGGUCAAGUCCCCCUCUGCCGAGCAGGUCACUCCUUACGCUCAGCUGCAGAACGCAAAGGACCCUUCCAUCCUGAACAAGCUUGCUGUGCUGAAGCUCAACGGUGGUCUGGGUACCACCAUGGGCUGCACUGGACCCAAGUCGGUCAUUGAAGUCCGCGACGGUAUGACCUUCCUGGACCUGUCGGUGCGCCAAAUCGAGCACCUCAACUCGUCCCACAAUGUCAACGUCCCCUUUAUCCUCAUGAACUCCUUCAACACCGACGACGACACAGCUCGUGUCAUCCAGAAGUAUGCCAACCACAACAUCGAGAUCCUCACCUUCAACCAGUCGAGGUAUCCCCGUGUGAGCAAGGAGUCUCUCCUCCCCUGCCCUCGCAGCGCUACCAGCGACAAGGCUCUCUGGUACCCUCCUGGACACGGAGACUUGUUUGACGCCAUGCACAACUCUGGUCUCUUGGACCGACUGAUUGCUGCCGGAAAGGAGUACAUCUUCGUAUCCAACGUUGACAACCUGGGCGCCACUGUCGACCUGAACAUCUUCCAGCACAUGAUCGACUCGCAAGCCGAGUUCAUCUCCGAGGUCACUGACAAGACCAAGGCGGAUGUCAAGGGUGGAACACUGAUCGACUACGAGGGUACGAUUCGUCUGCUGGAAGUGGCCCAGGUGCCAAAGGAGCACAUCGAGGACUUCAAGAGCAUCAAGAAGUUCCAGAUCUUCAACUGCAACUCCCUCUGGAUCAACCUCAAGGCCAUCAAGCGGGUCAUUUCCAAUGACGAGCUCGACCUGGAGAUCAUUGUCAACAACAAGGAGCUCGGAUCAGGCGAGGCCGUCAUCCAGCUGGAGACUGCCUGUGCUGCUGCCAUCAAGCACUUCCGUGGUGCCAAGGGUGUGAAUGUGCCCCGAUCCCGUUUCCUGCCGGUCAAGGCAUGCUCGGAUCUGCUCUUGAUCCAGUCGGAUCUGUACCACCUGCAGCACGGCUCCCUGAUGAUGUCCGAGAAGCGUCUGUUUGGCCAGACGCCCGUGGUGAAGUUGGGAGACACAUUCAAGAAGGUGUCAAACUACCAGAGGAGAUUCAAGUCCAUCCCCAUCAUCAUUGAGCUGGAUCACCUCACCGUGAGCGGAGACGUCGUCUUUGGUCGGGGUGUGCAGCUGAGGGGUACAGUGAUCAUCGUGGCCAAUGAGGGGUCGCAUAUCACCAUUCCCGACGGAUCCAUCCUGGAGAACAAGCUCAUCAGCGGUAACCUCUCCGUCAUUGAGCACUAAGAGUGCUGCCCUGCAAAUGUAGCGGCACUCUAGACGUAUCUUGGCUGCCAACUGAAGGUGGUUAUCGAAGGCCACCGCGGUCGAGCUAGUUGGGGAAAUGGGUCUGGUGGUAGCUAGCUGCUCAGUCGUGGGUCAGGUGUGAUUACCUCUUGCAUGCCCCUCAUCUGAAGCGCCAAG